AUGCCUGUGGGGGCAGACAGCCCUAGGCAGGCGCCGGCCGGCCGGGAGGUGGUGCUCGCCUCCCCGCGCCCCGGGCCCGCGCGUUGCCGGGCAGCGCCGGCUCCGGGCUCCGAAGGGGGCGGAGCGGCGAGGCCGGCGCGCGGCUGGCGGCCCCGGUCCGCGGUUCCGGCCCCCGCCCGCCCGCCCGCGCUCGCCGGCCUCUGUGCGCGGAGCGCGGCGCCCGGUCCCCGCCGCCUCGCCGCGGCCGCCCCUGCUGGGCCCGAGCGCCGAGCCGCGAGGCCGGCCGGGCCCGCCGGGCUGCCGGGGGCGCGGCGCCGACGCCGAGGCGCGGCCAUGGAGGGGGAGCCCCGCGCCGGGGUCGCGCUGGCGCCGGGGCCUCGCGCCCGCCGCGCCCGCCGCCGCCCGGGGCUGCUGCUCCCCGGCCUCUGGCUGCUGCUGCUGGCCGGGCCCGCCGCGUGCGCCCCAGAUGAGCUGUCUGUGGAGCAGCACACCCCGUCCUUGUCCUCCGUGGAGCUCAUGCCCCAGAACAGUGCUGAGCUCGGCUCUGCACAUGUGGCCUUAACAGCACCCACGCCCGGGUCCCCGCUCAGCAGCCCUCCCCACGCCAUGUCAUCUCCAUCCACCGCUACUUUUGAUACAAACUUUUUUAAUCAAGGAAAACUGAUCCCAAGUACAGCCGACCCAGGCACCUUCGAGACAGAUCACGUGUCUCUGAUGAGCAACGAGGUGUUCAUUGAUGACGACGAAAUGGAUAACUUUUUGCCAGAAACCCACUGGACCACUUCCCGGGGCGGUUCUCCGGUAAGGUCUAUCACAGUCAGUGCUCCUGGGCGGCCCAGAGACACGUUCGACUCUGGACCGACUCCAUCAUUACCCAUCACGUCUUUGCAAGAUAAAGAAGUGACAUCGGUCUGGCAGAUCUCAACGCAACAAGCAGCAACGUAUGCUGAGCCUCCCAGUCACCCCAACACCUUUCAGUCAUCUCUUCUCGUCUCCGAUGGCAUGAUUCUGACUCCGAGUCGGAAUUUGGUGCUUUAUCCUACUCUCACUUACGGGCAGUUAUCGAGCAGGACUCUGCUGGAGGUCAUGGCUUCCGCGCCAGGGGCUAUAGAAACCUCCCCUUCUCACCCCGGGGCUUCAGUGCCUCAGCCUUCAGGGGAUGGCAUGACCCCACAGCCGUCAGGGGAGGCCUCACAGCCUCCAGGGGACGUCCUGGCCUUGACGAUAGGCAGGUACCCUGAUGUGACCCCCACUUUGAGUCACAGUCUACAGGAAACCGUCUCUUGGAGCACGUACCCUGCUGCCGCUGGAGCUCAGCCAGCCCCGACUUUAAACAGCGGCUUCCACACACACUCGGCUUCGUUUCCAACUCCUCUUGUGGCUAUAAAUUCUUCUACACCGUCAGCGGAUGUUUCCUCUCUCCCCCUUCUUCCCAGCAGCUCCAGUGACACAUGGGACUCGCCCCCUGUGUCCUUGGCCGCAGGCCCUGUGGGUGACCCUGACACCCGGGGCCCGAUGUCUUCACCCAGACCCUUCACGUGGUGCGUGUCCUGCACGCUGGCGUCCCCACAUUACGGCCCGUCAGCCAGCCUCCUGGAGAAGGAAGUGGGGUCGGGGGACGGUGCAGAGACUCCGGCCAUGACCCUGCUGGAGGCCAGCAGCAGCAUCUCUCCUCCGAGCAGCCUGGAGGCAGACUUCUCAGAAUUCGAGGAGGAGCCUCAAGUGUUUAACACCCUGUUUCCCUCAAGGCCUGUUGUUCCACUUUCUUCUCGACCUGCAGAAUUUGCAGAAACCAGCGUUGGUGUUUCGGCCCAGGUGGGCAUGGAUGGGGCUCUGACCACACAGGUGUAUCCUGCCCAGGGCCUCCCGUCCACACCAGUGAUGCCCGAGGCCCCGUCUGUUGUCUCCUCCUCUGUCAUGCUGUCCAGUGGGACAGCGGUGUUGUCCUCAGCUGUCACCAGUGCUCCCCUUGACAUGUCUUUCCUCAGCACGACAAACAAAAUCAUUCCAUCGCUGGCUCUCAGUCCCUCCAGCCUCUCCCCACUGUAUAGUUUGGGUCCUUCAGGAGAGUCCUCACUGUUCUCUGACCCAGACCCCACCAGUUUUUCCAGACAUGAAACUGGAAGUGUCUGGGAUUUUGCAUCCAGCUUUUUCUCAACCCCUCUGCUGGAACCCAGCAGCUCCGGGCCUCCCCCCUCAGUACCAGCUUCUCCCUCUCUAGUGUCAAGCGACGGGGCAACCUUUGUUUCUCAGGCUUUUCCUACCUUGGUUGAGACGUUUACAUUGUCUGACUCUAUCACUCCACAGUCGCCGCCUCAGCUCUCUGUUCCUAACUCCACAAACCCGGAAUUUUCUCUGCUCUGGCCAAGCUCAGGCAUCCUUUCCACGACAUUUGGUUUUCUCCCCACUUACUCUGAGUUCUCACUACUCUCAAGCAUCCCUCCUGAGUCUCUGCCGUUCUCAGAAGCAUCCACAUUUUUGCCGACAGAGUCUGGAGCUCAUCUUACCUCAGCUUUCACUGAAACUACCUCCUCUUUUGAGUUUUCACUCACGCCCCAGGAACCUGCCGUCUCCACACUGGUGCCCCCCAGCUCCGAGCCCCUCCUGACCAGCUCGACGGCGGGAAACCACCGAACGUCACUUUGGGCUGCUUUCCCCACGACCACGCUUUCAACUCAGUCUUCUCUCUUUUCGACUUGGACACCUUCCGACGACAACAUCAGCGCCCUGGACGGUCACGCGUCCGCCUCACCCGCCUUCUCUAGAGCCGCCUCCUCCCCUGCGCCACUGGCCACCCCUGUGUCCCCGCCGCCAGCAUCCUCCUUCAUUUCCGAGGUGAGCCCCACGGCAGUCCCCACGGAGCCGGAGCCGGUGUUGGCGGGCCCGUCUCUCACGCCCACGCGUUUCCCGAUGAACGCCUCUGCGGAACCCAGCUCAGGGGACACCGGCACUGCACCUGAUUCUGCCAUCCGCACCACCUUGAGCGGCCCAGCGGCGAGCCAGGCUCCCCCCGAGGACAGCUCAGCUUCCCCACCUCCGUCCCUUCCUCCCGAGACCACCUCCAUGCCAGAAGCAACAGAAGACACCCCGGCGCUGCUCGCCACCAAGCCGCCCUACCUGUGCGACAUCACGGUCCCCGACGCCUAUCUCAUCACCACCGUGCUGGCCAGAAGAGCCGUGCAGGAGUACAUCAUCACAUCCAUCAAAGAGGUGUUGAGGAUUCACUUCAACCGAGCAGUGGAGCUCCAGGUUUAUGAGCUAUUUGCUGACUUCACAUUUCUGGUCACAUCUGGUCCUUUUGUUUACACGGCAAUCUCAGUCAUAAACGUCCUUGUCAAUAGCAAACUGGUCCGAGACCAAACUCCUUUGAUCUUGGCUGUGAAACCUUCUUUCCUUGUGCCAGAGUCUCGGUUCCAAGUUCAAACCGUGCUGCAGUUUGUGCCUCAGACCGUGGACACGGGCUUCUGCAACUUCACCCAGCGCAUCGAGAAGGGCCUGAUGAUCGCCCUGUCUGCAGUGAGGAAGCACCAGCAGGGCACGUAUAACCUCACGGUGCAGAUCCUGAAUGUCACCGUGGGUUCUCCCCGGAUGGCCCCUCGGCGUGGCCCUGUCAGCAUCGUCUUCGCCGUUCGGGGCUCGCAGGGGCUCCUGAGCGGGUGGGAGGUGAGCGAGAGGCUCAGGAACCUGAGUGUGGUGGAGUUCAGUUUCUACCUGGGGUACCCGGUGCUGCAGAUCGCCGAACCCUUCCAGUACCCACAGCUCAACUUGUCUCAGCUGCUGAAGUCCUCUUGGGUGAGGACAGUCCUCCUAGGUGUGGUGGAGAAGCAGCUCCAGAAUGAAGUGUUUCAAGCUGAGAUGGAGCGCAAGCUGGCCCAGCUGCUCAGCGAGGCGUCCACGCGGAGACGCAUGUGGCGGAGGGCCACGGUGGCCGCGGGCAACAGCGUGGUGCAGGUGGUAAAUGUGUCCAGGCUGGAGGGAGAUGAUAAUCCUGUGCAGCUCAUUUACUUUGUGGAGGAUCAAGAUGGAGAAAGACUCAGUGCAGUCAAGUCUUCAGAUCUGAUUAACAGGAUCGAUAUCCAGAGAGCAGCCAUUAUCUUGGGUUACCGCAUUCAAGGCACUGUUGCCCAACCCGUGGAUAGGGUGAAGAGGCCAUCCCCCGAGUCCCAGAGCAGCAACCUGUGGGUCAUAGUCGGCGUGGUGAUCCCAGUGCUGGUAGUGCUGGUCAUCGUGGUCAUCCUCUACUGGAAGCUCUGCCGCACGGACAAGCUGGACUUUCAGCCUGACACCGUGGCCAACAUCCAGCAGCGCCAGAAGUUGCAGAUCCCCAGCGUGAAGGGCUUCGACUUUGCUAAGCAGCAUCUGGGUCAGCACAAUAAAGACGACAUACUGAUCAUGCACGAGCCGGCGCCACUGCCGGGGCCCGUGAAGGACCACACCACUCCCUCGGAGAAUGGGGAUGUGCCGAGCCCCAAGGCGAAGAUCGUGGCGAAGACCAUCCGUCACCGAGGAAGAGUUUCUCCCUCAGAUGCUGACUCGACAGUGAGUGAAGAGUCCAGCGAGAGGGAAGCCGCAGACAAGACCCCGGGAGUGGUGGCCGACGGGAAGCCCCACCGCGCCCCGCAGAGUGGGCCACCUGCCCCCAGUUCAGGCACAGAGCAGCACUCGUCCGCCUCCAUCUUUGAGCACGUGGACCGAAUUUCCCGCUCCUCUGAGGCCAGCCGGCGGGUUCCCAGCAAGAUCCAGCUCAUCGCCAUGCAGCCCAUCCCAGCCCCUCCUCUCCAGCAUCCUGUGCUGGCCGACCGAGUGGCAGAAACCAACAAAAUUAACAAAGAGAUUCAGACGGCUCUGCGGCACAAGUCGGAGAUCGAGCACCAUCGCAACAAGAUCCGACUCCGCGCCAAGCGCCGCGGCCACUACGAGUUCCCGGUGGUGGACGACCUGUCGUCGGGGGACACGCGCGAGCGCCACCGCGUCUACCGCCGGGCGCAGAUGCAGAUCGACAAGAUCCUGGACCCCACGGCCAGCGUGCCGUCCGUCUUCAUCGAGCCCAGGAAGAGCUCACGGAUAAAACGUUCUCCAAAGCCGCGCCGCAAGCACCAGGUCAAUGGCUGCCCGGGCGAUGCUGAGAAGGACAGACUCAUCACCACUGACAGCGAUGGCACCUACAAGAGGCCCCCCGGCGUCCACAACUCUGCCUACAUUGGCUGUCCGUCCGACCCUGACCUCCCGGCCGAUGCGCAGACGCCAUCCUCGGCAGAGCUGGGGCGAUACCCGGGCCUGCCCUUCCCGGCCCCCCAGUACAUCCCGCCCCAGCCGUCCAUCGAGGAGGCGCGCCAGACCAUGCACUCCCUCCUGGACGAUGCGUUUGCCCUGGUGGCCCCCAGCAGCCAACCCUCCAGCACCCCGGCUGCAGGCCCUGGGGGCCCGGCCGGCCUGCCCGCCAGCAGCACCCCAUCCCGGGAAGAGCGGCGAGCCACCCAGUGGGGGUCCUUCUACAGCCCAGCACAGACGGCCAACAACGCCUGCAGCAGAUAUGAAGACUAUGGGAUGACUCCCCCAUCAGGCCCUUUGCCAAGACCAGGUUUUGGCCCCGGUUUGCUGCAGUCUUCGGAGCUGGUGCCCCCCGAGUCCCAGCAGCCACAGGCACCUGCCGAGGCCCCGUUCACUGCCCGAGGGAUCUACUCUGAGGAGAUGCCACCGGUGGCCCGGCCUCGGCCCGUCGGGGGCACCACAGGGUCCCAGAUCCAGCACCUGACGCAGGUGGGCAUUGCCAGCCGAAUUGGAGCUCAGCCGGUGGAGAUCCCAGCAAGCAGAGGCGGCCAGUACGGCGGGCCAGGCUGGCCUUCCUACGGGGAGGAGGAGGCGGGCCGGAGAGAAGCCACGCACGUGCUGGGACAGCAAGAGUAUUCCUCGUCGCCGCUGUUCCAGGUGCCAAGGACUUCAGGCCGGGAGCCCUCUGCGCCCCCGGGGAACCUCGCGCCCAGGGGCCUGCAGGCCUCGGCGCGCGCCUACCCCAGCAGCUCCACGGAGGACCUCCAGCCCGGCCACUCCUCGGCGUCGCUCAUCAAAGCCAUCCGCGAGGAGCUGCUCCGGCUCUCCCAGAAACAGACCCCGGUGCAGAACUUCCACAGCUGAUGGGCCGGGCGCGCGGGAUCGCCAAGUAUCCGCUUCCCGUGGAAGCAAGACGAGGGGCGCGCAGGGCCCAGGGCCGGGGGCCGGGAGCACCUCCGCGCGGGUGGCGGGAGGGAGCACGGAGGCCGCCGAGCAGGCCCGAGGCGCGAUGCUUUUGAUAAGUGGGCAGUUUUGUUCGGUUGAGUCAAAAUUUACAUCCUUUUGACCAAAAGCCAGCAGCAAGUCCUGCAAGACAAACCACACUUCUACGCGAAGGAAAGGACUGAGAGCAGGUUCCCUUUGAAAAACAAAAGGUGAAAAUAUGUAGAUGGUGGAGGGAUGCCCGGGGCGGGAUGCCCGGGCCUGCGGUCCCUGGAGGAUGAGAGUCAGACUGGUUUGUAGGAUGAGCCCGCUGCUUGGUUUUCUGAGAAAAGAGAUGUGAAGACAUUUUAUUAGUGGCUUGAUUGAUUUCCUUCUUUUCCUCCCUAGGAACUUAUUUUAAUAGUGAUAUUAACAACAGUACUAAGAUGGUUUGGGGAUUUAAAAGCUACUGGUGAGAAACCAAAACGUAGAUUGUAGAACCUGAUGGUUGCAAACGAAGCCAUCCUCUGCAUUUUCCUUCUACUCCUGGUGCUACACCUUUAUGUCUGUGAAAUGCGACUUUGGCUUUUUCAGUGGAAGAAUGUGUUGAAGGUUUCAUUUUGUUUUAGAAAGAAAAAAAAAAACCACCUCCCAAAUGGGGGAGGCAACAGCUUAAUAUUUGCUUGGUCAUUCAAAAUACAUAUGGACGUUUGGAUUUCCUUUCUUAAGUGUAUUUGCCAUUUCUUAACGGAGCACGUGCAAGGGAGAGCAUCCUGUUCCAGCAUGUCAUCAUGUAGGCCAGUUCCAUCCCAGGAGGCGUCCAAGAGGCCCUGUCUCAUCCUGGCACUUCGCUGGUGAGCGGCUCAUCAAUGAUGUUUGGAUGAGAAAUCUCACAUAAGCAAAAAUCCCAAAAAGUCCUGGGACCACCAAAUUGUCGUUCACGCAUUCCUAGUCAUUUCAGUCCCGGACACACCCUGCUGCAUUUGAGACCUGCAAAUGAGGCUGCGUUCAGCUCAGCCUUUCUGCAACGAAUCAAGAAAAGUGAAGAAGAACUGUUAAGACCACGAGUGAACAGAGGAUUGCUCUUAAUUUCUGAUUUUUCUCGUGCACGACUCUGCUGAGCGACUGUUCAAUCCAUUUAAGGUACUUUGGGUCUCACGGAGGGUGUCAGCUCACCUGAGGUUUUCUCCUGAAGUCAACACUAAUCCACUUCCCAAUUAAAGUGAAGUUUUGUAACAAGGGCCGCUUUCUCCUGGUACCUGGGUGAAGCACAGAACAGUUAGCAAACAGGUUUCUGCUCUGAAUCCUUUUUCACAAAGGUAAAUGGCAGAUAAGUGGGUAGGAUUUGGGGCUCUGACCAAUCAAAAUCUGAGUCAUGUUCUACAGCCCCUGAAACAGCUAAGCCAGGCUUCCAAAGCGUGGCCCUUGGGUUCCAGAACUGUGGUUCUUCACCUCCGCAGUGGAACCUUUUAUACAGACGUAGAGUCUAACAGUACGGGGAGGCUGGUCCUGGGAAGUUAAGUGUAGCCGUUUGCACCUGUUCACCUCUCUCCUCCUGUUCACACGGUCUGCACAGACUUCCAAGAACAUGGCCCCUUCUGGGUUUCAUUUCUUACCUCUCUGUCUUGGUUCAAAACCAGACUUGCUCCAAAGUAGAGGAUUUUCUUUGCUUAUCUCUCAAAAAUACCAGAUUUCCUGAACAUGUUAGUAAGGAUUUCAGAUAUCCAAGCAGAAUUUUAUUAUGGCACCUAACAGUGAAUUCAAGUCAUGUGCCAGCAGAUGGAAUAAACGCACACCCAUACUCUCCUGCUCUGUUCACCAUUGUGUUUGCACAACUAGUGCUAAUAAUGGUGACUUCUUUGUACUUUGCAGAAAGGGGUGUCUGUUUUAAAAGGGGUUGACUGCAGUAGGGACGUUGAUGCCUGUCAAAUUAGCAUAAGAGGAUUGUACCCAUUUGGUUACCCUUAGAGCCAACAUACCUUUCAAACAGGUGUCAAAACCAAAGAGGACAUAGAAUAUAUAGCCAGUGGGGUUGGGGUGGUGUGAGCAACCCAGGGGUUCCCCAGCAUGCUGGAAUGGGUCAUAAAGCACAGACUGUGCGCUUGUCUCCUCUGAACACGUCCCAGCCUUUGUGGCUGUCCCCAGACUCAGCACAGGCUCGCUAUGGGGGCGGGGGCUGGUGGGGGGGUGGAGGCCACCACACCCAGGGUAUCAGAUAAUGCAACUCAAGUGAUUUACUUUAUUUUUUUUUUAAGAUUUAUUUAUUUAUACAUACAAGAACUGGGGUAUAGGCCAGAGGUGUGGGGGUGAGAGGAUUCACCAGAGACAGAGUGGGGAACAGAACAGGCAGAUUGACUGAAAUACACUGCUGAGGGGAGCAAUGGAGAGACAGGGGAGGUCUGCUGUGCCAUGUGGGUAGCUCCCUGGCUGGCCUGGGAUCGAACUCGUGCUGCAGUGGCUGCAGAUAGCUUCAUAGGUUGCAUCUUAACCCCUUUCGCCACCAGGGGUCCCCUCAAGUGAUUUACUUUAAAAUCCCUCCUGUGUGGCUUUGGAGUUCAUCAAUGAACACGCUGUUCAUUUAAGUCAGAGCUUUGGAGCUGAUUGUUUGGGAAAAUGAUUGCAUUCAGAGUUUAUUUUGUCAUUCUCUCGCUGUGUCCCUGAGCCUCAUUCUCCCCAUCAGCCAAGGAACAGGCCUCCCCUGCCCACCUCCCAGCAUAUCUCAUUGUGAGAAUCACAUGAGGCCGUGUGUGCAAACAUUCCUGGAGGAGGGAGCACAAAACCCUGUGGUAUAUAACAUGCCCUGUAGGAUUGACUGGAACAGACCUUCUGAAUGACUGUGAUUUCUGUGAAUGAGCUCAAGGAGGAAACCAGAGCAGGACCAGAGGCUCCUUUGCUUUAAAUUCACUUCUCCAUUCACUUGCAAACAGCAUUUAUUAAGCGUCUUGCUGCUCCUGCUUGUCUGCUGUUCCUGGCACCGAAUAAGUCAGCAGCCCUGAGCUCUUAGGAUCUAAGUCAGAGAACACAGAUGGCUGCUAACAGACAGAAGACGGAGAGCAGCAGACUGGUUACAAAUUCUCGAGAGUACAAAGUUGCUCAGAAGAAUGGCAGUUGCACAUUUGGAAACUGUGGGAUCUUGGAGUGAUGGCAGCUUCAGAACAACUUUUAAUCAAGGCAGAGGGGAAUAGCCCAGGAAAGUGAUGAGAUCUUGCUCCGAGGGGGCCUGGGGAAGGAUGUAGAAGGACAGUAAAAGUAUCCCUGGAAAUGGACUUGAUCUUGGUCUGCUACGAUGUCAAACCAAAUCCCUAAAUCUACUGUGUCGGGAGUUCUAAUGACCCCAGCGGAGAGCAUGGUGCAGUGAGCUUGCUUGGGCAGUGGAUGCAGCGGGAAGAUAGCGAGGUCUCUGGAGGUCUGUGAAGAGGAGAACCAGCCGGGAGAGGGAGUGGAGACCAAGAACCACUGGGGGACCCUGAGAAGUAGGAAAACGAUGCAAGUUCUGUCCGGGCUUGUUGCUCUGGGCAGAUUUCAGCAACCAGUCAUUAAAUCCUUUGUGGAGCGGAGCAGGUUAUAAAUAAAGACAUUCAACUUCUUUAUGGCUGCCUACACCUGUUUUGCCACAUUUCACUUAAUUUAAGAUUGUGUUUUGGUUUGGGGGGCACAUGGCUUUUCAGGGCACGGCGCCGGUGAUGCAGAGCAAGGCUGCAGGUUGCCAGAGGCUUGGGUGGAAAUGAGGGAUUGUGGGUGCUGUGAUCCUGCGUCUGAGACCCCGUGCAGGGUCAGCGCUCUCACCACUGCUCUCAGCACUCCUCAGAGCCCCAGCGGGCAGAGCCGUCACUCGGAUGCCCACUGCGUUUGCAGUGAUUCACGAGUUCAUCGUGAAACAAGCUUUCUCUCUCCCUUUCAUACUAGAUUCUUGGACACGAAUGAAUUUGUCAGUUGGAAGGAGAAGUGGUUACAGUUCUGGGGGCAGGGGUUAAGGGCAAGCUCCAGUCUUAACUCCCACACUAACUUUAGCUCCAUUGGGUUUUAGCCAUUUCAUUUCUACCUCCACAGCAAGUCUCCAAAGCCAGUCUCCAGAGCCUGCUUAUCCACAUUUGUCCCAGGCAAGAGUGCGAAGAAGUCUACUUCCAUACCUGCAGAGAGAACAUUUGAACACAGAACCCAUUUUUUUAUGGGAUGGCCACCUGGACUUCAUGUUUACGUUUACCCCAGUUUGUUAGCAGGUAACCACCAAACAGGUGAGAGGGUUUCUAUGAGCAACAGCUGUAACAUCCUCAUAAAAUGUACUCGGUUGCAUGUGACCUAGUGGACAAGGAGUGUGCACAUUGCAGGUUUUAAAAAAAUACUCGUGGAGGUGAAUUUUCAUGGUUUGAACAGGGACUCUUUUCUCCACGUCUCCAAGAAGACUUGAAAACUGAAACCUCUCGGUACAAUCCUAAUUCCAUGCUUGUGUGUGUAAAAGUACACCUGAUAUUUCAUCUUAAGAACAUGCAGGAGCAUUGAAAUUUAGGAAAAGAAUAUUAAAUGCCUACUAAACGUGAAGCAAAGUUAGGAAGCAGCGAGCAAGUGAGAGGAGGAGCAAUGUCUUUGUCCACAUCAGUUUCCCACAGAGUGGAUGAUUAUGCAGGCUCCUUGCUUUUCCUUUUUUCCUCCAAGUUUUUCUGUGCUGGGGCCACUUCACAUGUAAAGAGUGCAAAGGUAUAUGGGACAGAGAUAGAAGUUUUACGUGAUCCGGGUCUCGCUGUCCUUGAUGCCACAACCUUUCCAGACAUCUUGGAGCUUGUGGUUGGUCCCUUUUCAUGCCCACCAGCUUUCAAGCACUCAUGACUGACCUCCCUAAGUGGAAGUUAGGAACAGUACCAGGUCAGAGUCAAGCCAGACACCCUGUACUGUUCCUCCUGCAGAUGUGGGGACAGAAGGAGGCUCCACCCAUGUACUCAACUGCUCUGAGCUUGUUUCAGAGGGCUUGUUUCAGAAAAGGGGAGUAGAAAUUCUUCUCAACUUUGCCCUCCACCAUUUAGAGAUGGAGACCAGGUUAGCAUUGCCCUUGCAGGAAAGGUAGCUGCUCUGGGACGCCCACCUGGUUCCUGCUUUGUCAAGACCCAUGUUCUUCUUGCAUCUCAUUCCUCGAUGAUGAGUGUUAAUGUACGAAAAUAUGCAGAGUAUGUUGAGGCCACUUGAUGCCUCAAUACUGCAACUUGAACUUGACAAUCAUGGUUUGCUGGUCUCAAACAGGCACUUAAAGUUCAGAAUGGGUAUAUGAUUUAGGAAGUGAAUCUUCCCUUCUCUUUGUCAGUUACGUUUCUACCCUUCAAUUAGCUGCACUGUUUUCUAAUGUGCUGUAGAGUUUUUGAAAUAAUUUAUGCAAGUGUUUGGUUUCCAUGUUUACAAUUUAUACAGCUUUCCUAGCAUUUUAAAUGGAAAUGUCAAUAAAUGCUAUGAAUUGGUGUCAAAUGAUACUUUUCUGUUCAUUUCCUUUGCAAUAUGACUAUCAUUUGUAAAAUGAUAAAGUAGAGCAAAGAGAUGAUCUCUUUAUUUUCCAAUUUUGGUGUCCCCCAGAAUACCGAAUGCUGUCCAUUUCCAGGGAGCUGAGUUGAGUGUAGUCUGUUCAGUGUGUGGAUUUUGCAGAAUUGUUUUUGCUCCCACUGGCCAGCGCCACCCUGGCACUCAGGUGUUCUGCUUUACUGCCACCCAUUCAUCAAGUUGAUGUUCCCACUAAGAGCAGAUUAAUUUUGGAAUGAAAAGAUUAGGACGCUAAAGUCUAGGAAGAUAAAACGAGAAGACCAAAGGCUAUACAAUCUUGGAAGGUAAUAGGAUAAUCCUUGAAUUGUUUACAAAGCCCAAGAAAAUAAGAACCCAGUGAAACUGAGAAAAGCAAAAGGAACUAAAAAAGGGCAGUGGAAUCUAACUACAAAAUGAAAUGUGGAACCUAGAUAACAUCCUGGAGCAACAGAGACAGUAACAGAAAAGGUUGUCAGUGGAAAAACUGGUGAAAUCCCAAUAAAGUCUCCAGUGUGGUUAA